CAUACGCUCACAUCGUUACUUUCCGUCCAUUCCAUUUUUAUCGUUCGGGCGGUGAGCAUCGCGCGGUCUCUCGGCGCAAGCAACAGGAGUGGAGAUUCUGUCAACCCCACCAUCGGAACAGCUAAACAGCGGCUAAGUGCAUACACGGUGCUUUCCGAUUGAACAAGUGUAAGCAAAACGAUCGCCUGUCUGUGUGUGUGUGUUAGUGCUUGCGUGUUGCAUGUGAAUUACAUUACAGAAAAAGAGAGAAAAAACACGUGUCUAUCGUAAUUAUUCUACGUCGUGUUUGGAAAAGUCGCGCGCAUACGACCGUUACCUAAAAGGCAGCGGGCUAAAAGUGUGAAAAGACUCAUUCACUGUUACAGUACUUAUAGGAAAACAAAACACCAAAAUGGCUCUUUCAACUAGUGCAAACUUUAUUAAAUAUUUACUAUUUUUAUUCAACUUUUUCUUUGCGAUCACGGGCGUUAUCAUAAUGGCCGUUGGGUUGACGGUACAAGGAGCGUAUCACAACUUCCGGGACAUUCUCGAUGCAAAGUUCUUCAGCAUUCCCACCUUCCUGGUGGUGAUUGGAUCGUUCAUCUUUGUGAUUGCCUUUUUCGGGUGCUGUGGCGCGUACAAGGAAAACUACUGCAUGACCCUUACGUUUUCCGUCCUGCUGAUCUUAAUCUUCAUUCUGGAACUAGCGGCCGGCAUUAGUGGAUAUGUGCUGCGCAAUGAUACUCGCGAGCUCGUAAGCAAUGCGCUCAACUCGUCCAUGAAGAGCUAUGGUGGCGAAAAUGGUGGAGACAUUACACUCAUCUGGGAUGAGAUUCAGGUGGACUUCGAUUGCUGUGGAGUGGUUAAUAGUUCGGACUGGGCUCACGCAAAUCCGACCAAGUUUAACGAAACAUUCCUUCCAAUGACCUGCUGUCGGCAGCAGACCGGUGCCGUCGGAUACGUAUCUUGCCCGGACCCCUCCAGUGCUACCCUGCGCAAAACUGGAUGCAUCGACUCCUUCGGUGACUUUAUCAAGGCGCACGCUGUAAGCCUAGGGGCGGCCGGUAUAGCGCUGGCUGUUAUUCAGUUCUUUGGAAUCCUAUUCGCUUGUUAUCUGUCCAAGCAAAUAAAGUUGCAGGGCGUCAGCAGCUAUUAAGCUUCGCAUCUAACUCGUCACGAUGUUGUGUAGUUGAGUUUAUAAAGUGUUAUAUUUUGCUUAAAAAAUUGCAUGCACCCGCCACACUCGCAAAUAAAGUUGAAUUAAAAGUUUAAAAAAGCUUGGCGCACCGGAAGGUAACAAACUA